GACUGUUUAGAAAUAGGUGGUUCUUCGAGUUAACUAUUCCGACAGCUUUGAAUUUUCGACUGAAGACAUAAGUCGCUGAAUCGUGCUCGGGCUAACUGUACUCAGCUUAAAUGAAACAUCGCAAGAGACUCGAUAGCUUUAAUGACUACUUUCAGUGACUAGACGUCAAAACAAGAUGAAACGAGGGUCGAAACCGAUGCCUGUUAAACAGCGAAGCGAAAGUGUUUUGGAUGUGGCGCAAGAGUUAGAGCUGCUAUGUGUCAAAGAGGAGGUUACCGACAUGAGAAGGGCAAAGGAACUGCGCGAAAAGAGAGUCACUGAGUUGAGGAAAUCAAACGGAACUUUGGAGAUGGGAUAUAAGGGAAUCUUGGACGAUAUCAAACAAACACUCGAUCGCCGACGAGUCCUGGAAGAGUACUAUUUAAAAGUUAAAGAUAACCUACAGACAACUGGAGCAGUUAGCGAGACUGAAAUAAAUGACUUUCGGAAGGAAGCUGAGACAUGUCUCAAGGAUCUCGGAACCAAGAGAUACACUGUUCUCAUUCUUGGAGAAACCAGCGCUGGCAAGAGCAGUCUUAUUAACCUCCUACUUGGCGAAUGCAUUAUGCCAACCAGUAUUCAGCAGAACACACUGACCAUAUGUGAAAUAUCGUAUGGAGCGGCCAAAAAAGCUGUGCUGCACUUCGCUAACGGACGCAAGUCACCUCGUGACCUCACUGGGGACAAAUUUUACAAGUAUAAAGAUUACGUUAAAAAACCGAUAGAGGACGAAAACUGGUGUGAGUGGAUAGAGAUCAGGAUUCCAAAUCUAUUAUUGAAGGGUGGUGUAGUGAUCGUAGACAGCCCAGGAAUUGGUGAUUCAAAGCGUGUCAGUGAAAUCACCUUGAAAUACUUGAGUCGAGCUUACGCCUUUAUCUACGUAAUAAACACUAUAAACGCCGGAGGAUUACAACAAGACAGGCUGAUGCCUAUCUUGAGUGAAUGGAAAAAACUCUACAAGGGAAAAGAUGGCCGUGGUAUCACUUCGGAAUCUGCUAUUUUUGUCUGUAACAAGUGGGACGAGGUGGAAAAGCAGUCCAACCGAAAUCAGAAGGAAGAUCUUGAAAGGCAAAUUAUCGACACUCUCAGAAAGAAUAUUCCCGAACUGGAUGAAAAAUUCCAAAUCAUAAAGAUGUCAGUCUCUAGAGCUACAGAAGUAAAAGAGAGAUUUGAAGUGAUGGAUGAUGAUCUUAAAAGUCUUGUGAAUCGACUACAGCGUCUUCUGCCACUCUGCAUUGAGAGAAAAACAGAAUUUUUUUACUACUGGAUCAGCGGCCAGCUCUGCAGCUUGUCCGAUCAGCUCAAAGGUGAAAUGCAAAAUGCCAAAAGGACCAAAGACGAACGUCUCAAGGCUCGGAAAGAACUUGACGAUAAACUCAGCGAACUUAAACAAGGCACCCCCAUUCGGGAAAUUGAGGACGCCAUAACUUCCAGUGUGGACCAAGCACAAAUAAAACUUGCGUCCUACUUACAAACUGAAGAAUUUAGAACAAAAUUUUUCAGAUGGACAGAAGACGAUGUGCCUAAAACGGAAGAGGGUCACAACUUUUCAAAGAUGAAGGAAGCAUUUACCGCAUGCAUUGAACAACGAUUCGAAUAUACCCUCCAAAAGUGGGAAAGCACAGAUAAUUUUUUCUCCCAAGCACAUUUAGAAUUGGAAGCACUGUUUGACAAAGGUUUCCUAGAAUUUGAGAGAGAAAUUCGAGACAUUGACCGUGUACUUGUCGGAAGUGACGUGGACGACUUCCAACAUUUUGAGAUUCGCCCGGGACGGAUGUUCUCGCCAUUAGAUCCCAGAAUGAAAAAAUUUCUAGUGAUGACUGGCGUGAUUUUUUGGCCAGUUUUGAUGUCCGUAGGCCUCGCCGCAGGAGUUCUUUCUGCACCCGUCCUUGGAGUACUGGCGAUUGGAAAGCAUCUAAAGGAUCACCAUCUGAAGACCAAUUGUUGUCAGACACUAAAAGACCUCUCAGCAGAGUUCCUCGAGGACUUCAUCACUCACAAAAUCCGCAGUUAUGUCCAAGACAAAUUCAGCGAGGAGACGAAUCGCAUUGCCAGCAUCAAGAGGUGUCACCAGCAAUUAAUCACCAAAUACGAGCAACGAUGCAAAGACCUGACAAAGAGCGAAGAUGAAUCAAGGGAAAAGGAGAUCCUCAAUAAAUGCCGUCCACUGUACACAAAUCUGAUGAGCAUGAAUGAAAACUUGAUGUUCGAUGCAAUCCAAAAUGGAAUAAAGGUGAUGUACCCAUCUUGCCAGCUUGAAGUGAGAAGACUUCAGUACAAUGAGAGCGAAAGAAAGGCGUGCCUUGGUGAAGGCAGCUUUGGUAAGGUUUUAAAAGGAAAAUACUCUCCUCCUGGACAUAGAAGAAAAGAUGUUGCGGUCAAAAAGAUCCGGAAACAUCCAGAUCCAUCAAAUGUUGCCGCCUUUCUCAAAGAAGCAGCAAUGUUAAAGCAACUUGAGCACAAGCACAUCGUAACAUUUUAUGGAGUUGGCAUGGACGUUAAAGAACGACAACUCGUUUCCCUGGUGCUGGUGUUCGACUUGUGUAGCAGGAGCCUAGACAAGCAAAUCUUUGAAAACGACGAGUACAUUCCAUGGAAGACGGCUAGUGCAGCAGCUAAGAUAGUACCCUGGGCAAAACAAAUUUUAGAUGCGCUUGAAUUCAUCCAUAGCAAGAAUGUUGUCCAUCGAGAUCUCAAGCUGGCCAAUAUUCUGAUUUCAAAACGUGAGCACAUCAAAGUUGCAGACUUAGGUCUAGCAACCUUUAAAGACAAAAUCACUGGCACAGUAUGUGGGACUCCUUUAUACAUGGCACCAGAAGUGAUGGAAGGCAAACUCCACAGUGCAAAGGUGGAUAUAUACAGUUUUGGUCUCAUGAUGUGGGAAAUGUGGUUUGGGAAACGCGUCUUUAUCGAACUACGCCGUGAAGAUAUUUAUAGACGAAUUAAAGACGAGCAUUAUCGUCCUCAAAUUCCCAAGGAUGGAAAUCUCCCUCCAGCAGAAUGGAUUGAGCUCAUGACAUCGAGUUGGCAAUCUGACCCAAGUUUGAGGCGAACAGCCACAGAAUGUAAGAACUUUAUUAAGACAAUUAAGCAUCAGUAUGUUAAGUAGGGGAAAGGUUGAUUUUCCUCGCUUUGCGUGUACAAUAAUUCUAAGUUAUUUUCGAACAACUGACAGCCACGUUCAGAUAAGUUAAUCCUCAUGUACCGAGAGAGAAGAUCGGGCGAGAUGAAAUAUAACUAGAAAUUCUGCUUGACUCGGAAAGAGAGACUGGCCCAUUAGCCCGUCACGUAAAUUUUUGUAGUGAGCCAGGAGCGUCUUUCAUUUUCAUCGAUUGAUGGUUUGUCCCUGGGACUCCAAGCAUGAAGCAUGUUUGGAUCACUCAGCGAUCAUUACAUGAGAACUGCAAUUGAAUUUUAUAACACUUUUGUUAUCAUUAUACGAAUAUUAAGAAUCGUAAUUCUGGCAUCUUAUAACAGCGAGAAAAGUUACAAAGUAGGGUAACGAUAGUAGAAAUGUGAGUUUUACUAUGAAGUUAAACAAUCUAGGUUGCUCAUUUGGGAAGACGUAGAGCAAGUUCCUUCAAAGCAGCGGCCAGGUUUCUGAUUCAAUUCCGUAACACAUGCUCGGUUGGAUUCUGCCGGUAUGUGGGGCAGAAAAUGAUUUAAAGACAUGGAACGAGACAAGCCUAGGUAUUUUUAGAUUAUCAUCAACAUUUUGGCUGCCCGGAAUUUAUCUCAUCGACGAAGUUUUCUUUGUUCAUUAACGGUCAACGCAAGUAGCUCAAGCUCCCACGAUUAGGCUCGGUAUAAAUAAUGAUGGUGUAAUUAUAUGUUAAUGUUACGCAAUAGGCGAAAUGUUAGGAUUCGUAUAGGUGUAUACGGUCACGCUUUUGACCCAAAAAUCUGAAUUAGUUUUCAAUAAAACUACACUUUCAUCA